GCGCCGGCCCGACACGUCAUCAGCUUAGCGGACCUGCUGGACGGUAAUUCGGCCACAGACGGAGGCAAGAAGGACGAGGACAAGCCCGCUCGCCCGGUGUUCAUUCCGCCGCCUCCGGGCUUGAGGACCAGCUUGAGCUCCAAGGCCCCCGCGUUUGUGCCGAUUCGCAAGGAUCAGGCCGCAGACACCUUCGAGAAGGCCGCGCAGGGCGCGAAGCUUCCGGUGGUGCGCGACGUCGUGGUCGUGCGGCUGCACACCGUGGCCGCAGUGGUGGCGGGGUUGUCCGUCGUGGCCGUCGCGGGGCUGGUCGCCGUGGUCGCCGUGGUGGCUCUGGGUCUGCUCGCCGCGGUUGCUGCGCCAGUGGUCGCGGUAUUGGUUGACGCUUGCGUCCAUCACGGCCACGUCGCACGUGCGGAUUGGCAGAAACACAAAGAAGCGUUCACGAUGGCCGCGCUCGCUCGACUCGCGCUGGCCGGCGCCGCCCUCGCGGCGGCCGUGCCGCGCGCCCUCGCGAACUCCGUGUACGUGGCCGAGAGGUGCCAGGGCGGCUUCUGCGCGAACCCGAAGUUCCCCGUCCUGGACUUCGACAAGGAGCAGGGCACCUGCGUCUGCCGGGCGCACCCCUGCUGGAGCAACGAGGGCGUGGAGCACAAGUGCGAGGCAGGCCGCGAUGGACUCGCUGCACGUGGCGAGGGACCUCUGCGCGGGGGAGCAGUGCUCGUCCGACGAGUUCCCCGUCCUCGACUGGGACGCGCAGGCAACAACGAUGUCGUCAUCAGCAUCUUCCAGUACAGCCACCUUUCGGGGUGGCAAGUGCAUCUGCCGGCAGAGCCCGUGUUCCUCGGGCGUGAACGGCGUGAAGCACGCAUGCGAG